AAAUUCUUGAUAUAGGCCGGCUUUUCAGAGUUUCCACGCUGCCCGAUCUUCUAACUCCAGGACUCACAAGUCACUGUCAAGUCACUAUAAAAAAAUAUCAAGAUGUCAGACGAUUUCUUCAACUCUUUUGAUCCGCGAGCGACGAGUCGAGAAGAUGAGACAAAAAUUCCCAUGAUAAUCGCGGCUCACACGAGCAUGCUGGCUAUCGCUCUUAUUUUGUACAUCUGCCGUAUGGUCUCCAGGUCGCGACCAACUUUCAAGCUUAGCUGGGAUGAUUAUCUAAUCACCAUUGCGGUGGGCAUUGUUGUAACAACCUACGCGCUCACAAUAUAUAGUACCUCACUUGGCUAUGGACGACAUAUCGAAUUCCUCAAGCCCGCCGAUGCGCCUUUAUACAUCAAGUUGACGUGGGCCACUCAGAUCCUUUGGUCAUGGGGAGUGACGUUCAUCAAGCUCUCCGUUGCAGCAAUGCUUCUUCGGAUUCAAAGGGAUACUCUUUGGAGAGUUGGCAUGGGUGCAUGCAUUGUAUACCUCAUCGUAUCUGCCGUCGUCACGAUGGCCUUACAGAUGACUGAGUGCAAACCAAUGGAAUUCUAUUGGAACAAAACGAUCAAAGGAACUUGCCGGUCCCGACAGGACGUCUUCAAUGCAGUCUUGGGGACGUCGAUUACCUUGUUAUUAUCCGACGUCUUAUUUGCACUCCUCCCUCUCACCUUCAUCUUUUCACUCCGCCGCCCUCUACGAGACAAGCUAGUCCUCGCCUUUCUCAUGAGUCUGGGGCUACUCUGUACGAUUGCUGGCACCCGGAAGCUGAUCUACGUCAAGGAAUUCCAAAAAUUGAAUGAGAAAGAUACGACAUGGUCCUCGGUCGAGAUGAGAGUGUGGGCUUUCGCCGAAUCAUAUGUCGGCAUCAUGGCCGCCUGCAUCCCCUGCCUUCGUGCGAUGUUCGAGAGCGGACUCAAGAAGAUCGGCAUAUCCCUAACGACAACAUCCCGGACAGGAGCGCGAAGCGACACUCGGGGAACAGCACCGUCCGGACGGUUCGCACAUGGAGACUUCGAGAUGAUCUCGAGCACAGCGCAUGUGUCGAGGCACAAUGGUCGGCAUUCGAUAGAUAAGCCUGGCAAGGACUGGGACGGGACAUCGAUUCCCGAGAGCGAGGAGGCGAUUGUACCGCACCAUGGUAUUGUCAGGAAGACUGAUUUCACAGUCAGGACAGAACAGCGGGGGCGGUGGUAAUGGAACAUUGCUCGAGUCCUUAUGUAUUAGCGUCGUCGUAUAUUCAAUACACUUACAGCGAAAGCAAACCAAGCCCUGAAAGAAGUGGC